GUCCUCUUCCUUUUAACCCCAAAUCCAAUCGGGUGAUUUUGUUUGGUGGCUUUUCUAAACAGUUUCAUUCGUAUUUGACAAAACCAAAUUACUCAUAGCAUCCUAUAUCUAUAUCUAUCUUGUUUCUUGUUUUUUUGUUUUGUUUUAAUUACAGGUGGUAAAUUUUACGAACCUUCAAUGGGGCGCAGUGGUGGUUCUUUAUCCAAAAGAAAACAUUCAAAGAAAAAAAGUCUCAAGAUUUCCACUGAGGUUGGUCGUAAAAAGAAAAGUAGAGGAACUAAAUCGAAGAAGCUUCGUCGUCAUGACGAUUCUUUUUCUUCAUAUUCGGAUGAUGAAUCAUCUAGUUCAUCAAUGUUUUCAUCUUCGGGUUCUGAGGGAGAGUAUGAUAAAAGUAAGAGUAAAAGAUCUCGUUCUCGUGUACGGAGUGAAGUAAAGGGUGGUAAGAAACGGUCUAGACGAAGGUCUUUGAGUGAAGAUAGUAGUAGUGAUUCUUCUCCUGUGAAGAAAAGAAAAAGGCUUACGAGAAAGAAAAGUAAAAAGAUUAAGAAGAAGAGGAAAUUGAGAAGAGAUGCUUAUAUUAGUUCUGUAAGUAGUGAUUCUGAAAGUUGCUCAACUUGUAAAGAUGAUGGAGAUAGUACUAGUGAUGAAGAGGGAUCACAUAGGAGAUCAAGGGGUAGGUCUCGAGAAAAGAAGGGUCAUAGAGGUUCAAUCAAGGGUAAAACAGGAAAUAGGAAGAAUAGAAGUAGGACUAGGAGUUCUUCACUGGGCAAUAGUUAUGAUGAUGAAAUCAUUGAGAAUGUGACGGUGGAAAACAACUCGAGAAGAUUAAAAUCGGUUAUUACUGUUGCAAAUCUAGAAAAUGAAGAGGGGGAUAAUAUGAGAAAGGAUGAGUUUAAAGAAGAGAUUGUGUAUGAUUAUGAUGAUUAUCCAUCUAGUAAAAGCAAUGAUAGUAAUGAAUUAGUUGAUCGCUCUAAUGUUUCACCUGAGAAAGGAAGGACACUUACAAGUGUGAUUGGUGAGAACACUGCUUCUAGUCUUAAUGAUAGUAAGGAAAAAGAGAAAAAUUCUUCAGUUAAUGUUGAAUCAGAAGUUGAUAAUAUGGAGGCAAUAUUGAGACAGAAAGCUUUAGAAAACCUAAGUAGAUUUCGUGGGAUUAAACCCAAAACAGUAGUACUUCCUGUUGAAGAUAAACAAAAAAGUGUUCAGACUGGUGUUAAGCAGUCGACAAGUGCAAGUCUUGACCUUGGUAAAAGUCAAAGGAUAUUGCCUGCUCCUGAUCAGGAGCAAAACAUGACACCUGUGUCACCACCAGUAAUUCAGAGGAGUAGGUUUACAUGGAGGAGAGAUCCCUCUAUAACCACAGGGAAAGAGGAAAAGGUUGCAACUGGCAGUGAGUCAAACCCUAUUGGAUCAUUGCCUGCUGCACCGAAAUUACAGAGUGUAAAUUUAUCUUCCACUAGCAGAGUUCUAAAACAGAUUGUGAAUGAGGAAAAGGCUGCAACAUACAGUCAAUCACACUCUAGUGGGUCACUUUCAUCUUCAUCGAAGUUACAGAAUGCAGAUUUAUCUUACAAUAAAAAAGUAGAACAUAAGAUUGUGAAUGAGGAAAAGGCUGCAACUUACAGUCGAUCGCACUCUAGUGGAUCACUGCGAGCUGCACCUAAAUUAGAGAGUGCAGGUUUAUCUUCUAAAAAAUUAGAAAGUAACAUUGUGAACGAGGAAAAGGCUACAACUUACAGUCGAUCACAUUCUAGCGGAUCACUGCCAGCUGCACCAAGGUUACAGUCUGUAGGUUUAUCUUCAACCACCCGAGAAGACAAUAAGAUCGUGAACGAGUCAUCAAAAACUAUAGCUGAUACUAAUAACAGUAGUGGGGGUACAGGAACUAAUGUUGACCAAAAGUCAACUACUGCUCUUGAAAAACCCUCUUCUGCUUCUUCUACCAAAGAGGGGACGUCAAAGGAGCAGCAAAAUGAAACCAACGACAACUCACAGUUUGAGAAGAAGACAAUGUCUGUGAUGAGGGGUGGUGAAAUGGUGCAGGUAAGCUACAAGGUUUACAUCCCAACCAGAGCUCCUGCAUUGGCUAGGAGGAAGCUAAAGCGGUGACUUCAUUUUUUUUUCUGUUAUGGGUACUAUAAGCCACAUGACACAUAUCCUGGUGCUCCAUAUUCCUGCUAAACACAUGCAACAUGCGAGAGCUAAAGCUUGAAGUCAUACUUGAAUAAUGCAUAAGAGCAUUCUGCCGUUCAAAAAAAAUAAUAAUGCAUAAGAGCACCCCGCGUAUGGUCAUCAAGCAAGGGUUUAUAUUUUUGUUAUUUUUUGUUAUACAAACUUCAUACAAGAGUUCUCUUUCUUUUGUUAUGUUAAUUACACGAACACAUGUUUAUCUUAAUAACUAUUUUCUCUA